AUGGAUACUUGGGGAAGUUUUAGUUUGUCACUUAUCGAUUCGCUUGAUACUUUACUUAUUAUGGCGAAUGAAACUGAAUUUAUACGAGCUGCACAAGUUGACGUUAACGUUAAUAUAUCAGUAUUUGAAACAAAUAUCAGAGUUAUUGGCGGAUUGCUUAGUGGUCAUAUGUUAUCAGGCCGGGUUAAAGGAAUGACGUUGGAACCUGGUUGGCCUUGUUCAGGCCCUCUACUUCGUCUUGCUGAACGAUUCGCUCAGAAGUUAUUACCAGCUUUCAACACGAAGACUGGAAUGCCUUAUGGCACUGUAAAUUUGAAAUACGGGCUACAUCGUCAAGAAACCCCUGUUACUUGUACUGCGGGUGUGGGAACAAUGAUUCUAGAAUUUGGAGCCUUAACAAAAUUAACUGGUAAUAAUUUUAGAGAAUUUAAUUUUUAUGUUUCCGGUAAUCCUGUUUAUGAACGUGUGGCUUUGAAAGCUUUAGAGGCUUUGUGGCAGUCGAGGUCAUCUUUAGGACUAGUGGGCAAUCAUAUUAACGUACAGACAGGUGAAUGGACUGCAACAGAUGCAGGCAUAGGUGCUGGUGUUGAUUCUUAUUUUGAAUAUCUUGCUAAAGGAGCCCUAUUAUUUCAAAGACCGGCUUUAAUGAGGCAAUUUAAUGAAUAUGUUAAUGCAAUAAAUAAAUAUGUACGUAAAAGUGAUUGGUUUUUGUGGGUAUCAAUGACUUCUGCUAAAAUAUCGCUCCCCGUGUUUCAGUCACUGGAAGCGUUCUGGCCAGGUUUGCUGGCACUGGUAGGUGAUGUAGAUGAUGCACAACGUAUACUCCUCCAAUAUAGUCAAGUAAUACGGAAAUAUGGUUUUCCCCCAGAAUUUUAUUAUCUGCCGAAGCAGGAAACAGCACGAGCUGGAUAUCCAUUAAGGCCUGAAUUCGCCGAAAGUUUAUACCACUUGUACCGAGCAACUGGAGACCCACAUUUAUUACAACUUGCAGCUAGUUUUGUUGAGGUGAUUGAGCACAGUUGUCGCACGUCUUGUGGAUAUGCCACGGUUGAAAAUGUUAAUGACCACACCAUUGAAGAUAGGAUGGAGUCUUUUUUCCUAUCUGAAACCACGAAGUAUCUUUAUUUAAUUUUUGACUUCGAUAAUUUUAUCAACAAUGAUGGAAGCAAAUCACGAAUUGUUGUAACUCCGAACGGUCCUUGUGUAGUAGAUGCUGGAGGGUACAUAUUUAAUACUGAAGCUCAUCCAUUCGACCCUGGAGCUCUUUAUUGUUGUAGUGCAAAGCGUAACAGUGAUAUAGAAAUGAUUAGGAGAUUCGAGGACAGCAUUGAUUUAAGCAAACUUGUCGAUAUAUUUGAUCCAAAUUUGGAUUUUGCUUUGAAUAUUAAAGAGAAAAUGAACAUUGAACCGAGCAAAUCCAUGAAUAUUCUUGUAAGAAAAAAUGUAAGUGACGAAAAUGAUCUAUAA